GCAAGCAGUUUGAGGAUCGGAGCGUAUUGUGUGAGCCAGUGUGCGGGGGAAAGAUAAGGCAGCACGCCAGCCCGCCGAGCCGACCUACCGACUUCACGUUUUAAUGUGCUGACUCCUGGGAGAUUUAAAAAAAAAAAAGAAGAAGAAGAAGAAGGAGGAGAGAGAAAAAUAUUGACUCAAGACGUGUGCGGGGAUCCUGGACAGAAACAUUUUUGCACCGGCAGCCAGCAGGGCGCAUCUGAAAGACAGGAGAGAGCGAAAAAGAAAGAGAAAAUAAAGGACUUCAUAGUGACUCCACCAGAUUUUUUUUUUUUUUUGGUUCCUGCUUGUUUUUUUUAUUGCUUGAUUUUUCUUUCUUUUUUUUUCUGCUUCGGGGACUGACUCCCAAAUCCUUAGCAAAGAAAAGAAGAGGAAAGAACUGAGGACAAGCCGACACUAAGAGGACCGAGAAAAAAAAAAAGUACCGACAUGUUCGAAAUAAGCCGAACACUCAACGCUGCUUUGCUGAGCAAUGAGGGGUCGACAGAGACACAGUGGCGUCAGGCAGAGCUCCCGCAGCUCCAGGGCUGGGCAGAGAAGGGAUUGCUGACACAGCCAAAGAUGAUCAUCAGUAACAUGGAGGCUCCGGUGACAAACGGACCAAGCGGAGGAGGCACCACAGCCAACGGGCCAACCACCAACAGCCGCGGCUGCCCCUCGCCCAUGCAAACCGGGCCAACAAACGACGACAGCAAGACCAACCUCAUUGUCAACUACCUGCCACAAAACAUGACCCAGGAGGAGUUCCGCAGUCUCUUCGGUAGCAUCGGAGAAAUCGAAUCCUGCAAAUUGGUUCGCGACAAGAUCACAGGUCAGAGUCUGGGCUACGGCUUUGUCAACUACAUCGAUCCAAAAGACGCGGAGAAAGCCAUCAACACGUUAAACGGACUCCGACUUCAGACCAAAACGAUCAAGGUCUCGUACGCGCGACCCAGCUCGGCUUCGAUCCGUGACGCCAACUUGUACGUGAGCGGCCUGCCCAAGACCAUGACCCAGAAAGAACUGGAGCAGCUCUUCUCGCAGUACGGACGCAUCAUCACCAGUCGCAUCCUUGUCGACCAGGUCACAGAGGCCUUUGUUUGUUUGUGAUCUGCUGGCCCCACAGGCGGCUCCCGAGGCGUGGGCUUCAUCCGCUUUGAUAAGAGGAUAGAGGCUGAGGAGGCCAUCAAAGGUCUCAACGGACAGAAGCCAUCGGGCGCGGCUGAGCCCAUCACGGUCAAGUUCGCCAACAAUCCCAGCCAGAAGACCAGCCAGGCCCUCCUGUCGCAACUCUACCAGUCCCCCAACCGCCGAUACCCCGGGCCCCUCCACCACCAGGCUCAGAGGUUCAGGCUGGACAAUUUGCUUAAUAUGGCCUAUGGCGUAAAGAGGUUUUCACCCAUCACGAUCGACAGCAUGACCAGCCUGGUGGGCAUGAACAUCCCCGGGCACACCGGCACGGGUUGGUGCAUCUUCGUCUACAACCUGUCCCCAGAUUCGGACGAGAGCGUGCUGUGGCAGCUCUUCGGGCCCUUCGGCGCCGUCAACAACGUCAAGGUGAUCCGUGACUUCAACACCAACAAGUGCAAAGGGUUCGGCUUCGUCACCAUGACAAAUUACGACGAAGCGGCCAUGGCCAUCGCCAGUCUCAACGGUUACAGGUUGGGCGACCGCGUCUUGCAAGUCUCCUUCAAGACUAACAAGACCCACAAGUCCUGAACUCGAACAAGGUAGAAGCAGGUGCCCCGCGGGCUCCAAAAUGGCCGCCCCCACCACUCCCACCUCCACCCCCUCACCUCCACCACUCCCUUUAGCCCCUCCAGUCACGACAACCACCCCUCCUCCAGGCAUCCAGCACAGCAAAACUGGAACAUCAAGCAACCAUCCAACCCAAUUGAACUCAAAAUGGCUUAUAUCAUAACUUUGGACCUAUAAGCCAACGUUGCCUAAGUAUUACAAAAAUGAAGAAAAUGUUCAUGCAUUUUGGGAAGUUCCUGAGAUAACGCAGGCUUCUCUUUGUUGUAUACUCUUUCUGUUUGUUCUGAUUGCUAAAAUGAGUUUUCUCUCCUAUGUAAACAG